AUGGAUUAUAUUCUCAUAAGGCCUGGAAACAGUGGAGGGAGAAUCAUCGGAAUUCUCUCGCUAAAGCUUUUCUCGCUAAUUUGCAAGUUUCAUAGGUGUUCUCUACCGCCAGGUGGUUUGGUUCAUGCGGUGGUUAAUAGAAUAUGGGGAAGAAGCUGUAAGAUUAGCUGUAAGAAAAUUGGUGAAUCAUCCUUCAUGUUUCAUAUCCCCCACGAACCUACUCGUCAUUGGGUUGUUCAGCGUGGGGUCUGGCAUAUUGACGAUUGCUUACUCUUUGUUCUUCCGUGGACUCCUGAAGGCUCUUUCAAAAUUCCUGAAAUCUCUACGCUUCCGGUCUGGGUCACUUUGAAAAACAUUCCUGAUUGUUGCUAUUCUAGAUUAGGGAUAAGUCAUGUUGCUUCAGGGUUGGGAGAACCGAUUCUUACUCAUAAACCUCGACUUGAUCCUACCAGCAUGGGAGAAGCAAAGGUUUUAGUGGAGAUGGAGCUGGAUAGAGAUUUUCCGAAGCUUAUUGCACUAGAUGAUAAACAAGGUAGCAUAUUUCUUGUUAAUGUUGAGUACACGUGGAUUCCAUCAACAUGUGAGAGAUGUGGUAAUCUUGGCCAUAAAGCCAAGAGGUGCCUCUUGCCUCCAAAGCUGGCUAGUGAUCCAACCUUGCAGCCUCAAACAACAGAUGUUCGAAGUGAGAUCCGUGUUGUGGAUAUUGAUCUUAUCUUACAACAAAAGGACUGCUCGACAUCUACUCCAGAAGUGUUUCAGAGUACUACCAGCAAGUUAGAUGGACAGGGAGUUACUGUCCCCAUUCCCGCUUUACCCAGUGUGGAGGAUGUUCAUGACCUUCCUUCAGGUACUUCAGUUAUUUUAGAUGGUACUGGAAACCAAAUACUUGGAACUUCAUUCACUUCUUCUCACUUACAACAAGAGAAGCCAGCUGAUCUUUCUAACCCAGUGCCCACUUUGCCCAGAUUAGUAGAUUCAUCAUCUACUCCCAUUGUUACACAGAUUAUGGAAUCUUUUCCAUCAAGCAAUAUCAACACCGAGGUCCUUGGAUCUUUCGUUGUUGGUCCUUUAACCACAACUCCGAACCAUUGUGUAUUUCAGAGUCCUUCUGGUUCAACAGUGAUAGGAGAUGGGGAUGAAGUUGAAAUUGAGCCUUCAAGCUCGUUCAGUUUGACUAGAGGUGGGAGGGAAUCAAAACCUCCUAUCAAAUAUGAAAACAUGGAGUGGAAGACAGUUCGAGGGAGAGGAAAGCGUGACCGUCGAGGCCGUGGCUCCUAUCAUUAG